AUGUCAGUCAAGGCUCCCAUUGUUCCACUCGAUCAGCUAGAGCAAGUAUGGCGUGUGCUCAGAACUAAUGAGCACACUGGGUCGCUGCUACUAGCGAUCAUCGCCAUCGCUGUCAUCUAUGUUGGCUACAACAUACUCUAUGGAACGGACAUUCCGUAUAUCGAAGGAAUUCCAGAGAUACCUGGUGCGGUACCAAUUUUCGGCCAUCUUUUGAAACUUGGAGAGGAUCAUGCUACGACCUGCGAGAAAUGGUGGCGGCAGUACAAGCACUCGAUUUUCCAGAUAAAGCUGGGCAACACUCGCGCUGUGGUCGUGAACUCGUUUGAUGAUUGCAAACGGAUGCUGCUUGGCAACCAAAACGCCGUGAUCGACCGGCCGAAGCUCUACACAUUCCAUGGAGUUAUCAGCAGCACUCAAGGAUUCACCAUCGGCUCAUCACCUUGGGACGAGUCGUGCAAGAAGAAGCGCAAGGCAGCCGGUACUGCGCUUGGUCGCCCAGCGUUGAGGAACUACUACCCCAUGUUCGAUCUGGAAAGCUAUUGCGUGUUGAGAGACAUCAGCAAGGACAGUGGUAAUGGGCAGAUUGAGGUUGAUGUGCGGCCGUACAUCCAACGCUUCGCUCUCAAUACGACGCUCACCUUGUGUUACGGCAUCCGGAUGGAUGCUGUGUACGACGACCUACUCCGCGAGAUCCUGCAUGUAGGCUCGGCUAUAUCCUUGCUUCGAAGCGCAUCGGAGAACUAUCAGGACUAUGUUCCAGCUUUGAGAUAUUUCCCAAACAACGUGAAGAAUGCCCGUUCCAAGGAAUUGCGCGAUCGUCGGGAUGCGUACCUGGACUUGCUUCUGAACAAAGUGCGCGAGAUGAUCAAGAACGGCACAGACAAGCCUUGCAUUUCCGCAGCCAUUCUCAAGGACGAGGAAACGAAACUUACUGGAGUCGAGGUCUCGUCAAUAUGCUUGUCAUUGGUAUCCGGAGGGUUUGAGACCAUCCCAGGCACUCUGACCUCAUGCAUUGGCUCUCUGUGCACUCCAGAAGGUCAAAUAUGGCAAGACCGCGCAUACGAGGAUAUCAAGCGGCAUUAUCCUGAUAUGCGGGAUGCUUGGACAUCAUGCAUCAAGGAGGAGAAGAUCCCUUACAUCAACGCGAUCGUGAAGGAAGCUGGUCGCUACUACACAGUCAGCGCGAUGAGCUUGCCUCGGAAGACGGUGACGGAGGUCAACUGGGACGGAGCAGUCAUCCCCGCAGAAACAAUGAUUUUGAUCAACGCCCAGGCCGGGAAUCAUGAUCUCGAUCACUUUGGACCCGAUGGGGCGAAGUUCAACCCUGAAAGAUGGCUCAGCUCUCUUGAACCUCCAACAGAAGCGAAGAUCGAUGGCCUAGGUCAUCUGAGCUUCGGUACUGGUUCUCGAGCGUGCUCAGGCCAAUUUAUCGCUUCUCGACUCCUGUAUUCCGCGCUAGUCCGGCUCCUGGCAUCGUACAAGAUCGUUGCUAGCGAGGAAUUCCCUCCAAACACCGACUAUGUGGACUACAACCAGUUCAAAACAGCGCUGGUUGCGAUUCCCAGGGAAUUCAAGGUCAGGUUGAUUCCGAGAGAUUCAGCCAUGACAGCGGAGUGUAUGGACGCUGCCGAGUUGAGGACAAGGGAACAUUACAAGGAGUAA